GGGCGCAGCGGCCUCUACGGCCCGCCUCCGUCUGCUUCUCCCCGGUCACUCCUCCCGCUGCUCGCGUGCUCCGGGCUGGCCCAGCACCCGCCGAGUUACGCGCCCGCGCUCCUCGGCGGGGAGGAGCGCGGCCGCGGGGGCGCGCCCCGGUGACUCCGCCCCCCUAGCUCCCCUCCCCUGAGCCCGCGAGCCCGGCUCGCGCGGUUAGGUGCGAGGAGACCCGGGACCCCACGCCCGCCCGCCCUGCCCAGCGCCCCCGCCCCGGCGUGCGAGGCGCCGCUCCCUCCUCUGCCCUGCGCGGUGCAUGGAGGGGCCCGUUCGGAUAGCAGCCGCCGCCACCGUAGCCGCCGCCGCGCGCGCGCGGGGGGAUGACCUGGGGGUGGCUUUCGGAGCCGGCUGCCGCGCAGGAGGUCUGGAGGCUUAGCCAGCCCCGCAGAGAGGUGGUUUGGCUUUGCAGGAAAGGAAUUAAGUUCACUUGAAGAUAGGACUUUCUGCCCCAGAUCGUCGAGGAGGUCAGCAAGAAAAAACUGGAAAACCGGAUUCAUAACCUGAUAUCCACGACCUAGAGAAACUUGAGUUUGCACCUUUUAGAUUUUGGAGUACUUGGCAUAGAGAAGUGAACCAAGGCCUGGGUUUUGCUCUGGAAGCCUGUCCUGCCUGCUUCUGUAAUCUGGCGCUAUGCAUCCGGAUCUUGGACCCUUAUGUACACUGCUCUAUGUUACUCUUACAACUCUGUGCUCUUCUGUGAGUUCAGACUUGGCACCUUAUUUUACUUCUGAGCCACUCUCUGCCGUCCAGAAACUUGGUGGACCUGUAGUACUACAUUGUUCUGCUAAACCUGGGACCACUCAUAUCUCAUGGUUGCAUAAUGGAAAAAAAUUGGAUGGAAACAUGGAACAUAUUAAGAUUCAUCAGGGGACUUUGACAAUUCUUUCUCUUAACUCCUCCCUUUUGGGUUACUACCAGUGCCUUGCCAACAACAGCAUCGGUGCCAUUGUGAGUGGCCCGGCAACAGUAUCUGUGGCAGUUCUUGGUGAUUUUGGUUCAUCCACAAAGCAUGUUAUUACCGCAGAAGAAAAAAGUGCUGGUUUCAUUGGCUGCAGGGUACCAGAGAGUAACCCCAAAGCUGAGGUGCGCUAUAAAAUCCGGGGAAAAUGGCUGAAACAUUCCACAGAGAAUUACUUAAUCCUUCCAUCAGGAAAUCUUCAGAUUUUGAAUGUAUCCUUAGAGGACAAGGGAUCAUACAAAUGUGCAGCUUAUAAUCCUGUCACACAUCAAUUAAAAGUUGAACCUAUUGGCCGAAAGCUCCUUGUGAGUCGUCCUUCUUCAGAUGAUUUUCACAUUCUUCACCCCACCCAUUCACAGGCAUUAGCUGUUCUUUCUCGUAGCCCUGUAACCUUGGAGUGUGUGGUGAGUGGGGUCCCGGCUCCUCAGGUGUAUUGGCUAAAGGACGGGCAGGACAUUGCACCAGGAAGCAGCUGGAGAAGGUUGUAUUCUCAUCUUGCCACAGAUAGCAUUGACCCAGCGGGCUCUGGAAACUAUUCCUGCAUGGUGGGAAACAAGUCUGGAGAUGUAAAAUAUGUGACUUACAUGGUUAAUGUACUUGAACAUGCUUCCAUUUCUAAAGGACUACAGGAUCAGAUAGUGUCUCUGGGUGCCACAGUACACUUUACCUGUGACGUUCGUGGGAACCCAGCCCCCAACUGUACCUGGUUUCACAAUGCACAGCCUAUUCAUCCUUCCACACGACAUCUAACUGCAGGAAACGGACUGAAAAUCAGUGGGGUUACCGUGGAAGAUGCCGGGAUGUAUCAGUGUGUAGCAGAUAAUGGGAUUGGAUUUAUGCAGUCUACUGGAAGACUUGAAAUUGAAAAUGACAGUGGAUUCAAGCCAGUUAUAGUUACGGCACCAGCAAGUGCAAAGGUGGCAGACGGAGACUUUGUCACUCUGUCCUGCAAUGCCAGUGGGCUGCCGGUUCCGGUCAUUCGUUGGUAUGACAGCCAUGGAUUGAUAACCAGCCAUCCAUCUCAAGUCCUGAGAUCUAAAUCCCGAAAAUCACAGUUAUCAAGACCUGAGGGCUUGAACCUGGAGCCUGUGUACUUCGUCAUGUCCCAAGCUGGUGCAAGCUCUCUCCAUAUUCAGGCUGUGACUCAGGAACAUGCGGGGAAAUACAUCUGCGAAGCUACAAAUGAACAUGGUACCACACAGGCAGAAGCAUCUCUCAUGGUUGUUCCUUUUGAAACAAAUACAAAAGCAGAGACAGUCACACUUCCUGAUGCUGCUCAGAAUGAUGAAAGAAAUGAGAGAGAUGGUUCAGAAACCGGGUUACUGAGCUCAUUUCCAGUGAAGGUCCAUCCCAGUGCAGUGGAAUCAGCACCAGAGAAAAAUGCCAGCAGCAUCUCUGUUCCUGACGCCCCCAUCAUACUGAGCCCCCCACAGACCCACACACCAGACACGUACAACCUACUGUGGAGGGCAGGCAAGGAUGGUGGGCUGCCCAUCAAUGCUUACUUUGUGAAGUAUCGAAAGCUGGACGAUGGGGUUGGCAUGGUGGGAAGCUGGCACACGGUUCGAGUCCCAGGAAGUGAAAAUGAGCUCCAUUUAGCUGAGCUGGAGCCAUCUAGUCUUUAUGAAGUCUUGAUGGUAGCAAGAAGCGCAGCAGGUGAAGGCCAACCUGCCAUGCUUACCUUCCGAACCAGCAAAGAAAAAACAGCAUCAUCAAAAAACGCCCAGGCAUCCUCUCCACCUGUGGGCCUCCCUAAGUAUCCUGUUGUUUCAGAGGCUGCAAACAACAAUUUCGGAGUGGUACUUACAGAUUCCUCUAGGCACAGUGGAGUUCCAGAGGCACCAGAUCGGCCUACCAUCUCCACUGCGUCAGAGACGUCGGUCUACGUCACUUGGAUUCCACGGGCAAAUGGGGGUUCUCCAAUCACCGCCUUCAAAGUCGAAUACAAACGGAUGAGGACCAGCGAUUGGCUGGUGGCAGCUGAAGACAUCCCUCCUUCCAAACUUUCAGUGGAAGUUCGUAGUUUAGAACCAGGUUCAACAUACAAAUUUAGGGUCAUUGCCAUCAACCAUUAUGGUGAGAGUUUUCGGAGUUCAGCAUCUCGCCCUUAUCAGGUGGCUGGGUUCCCCAGUCGCUUUUCCAACCGUCCAGUGACUGGACCCCACAUUGCGUACACAGAGGCUGUCAGCGAUACUCAGAUCAUGCUAAAGUGGACGUACAUUCCAUCAAGUAACAAUAACACUCCCAUCCAAGGAUUUUAUAUCUAUUACCGACCAACAGAUAGUGACAAUGACAGUGAUUACAAGAGGGAUGUUGUAGAAGGUUCAAAGCAGUGGCACAUGAUUGGCCACCUGCAGCCAGAAACCUCCUAUGACAUUAAAAUGCAAUGCUUCAACGAAGGAGGAGAAAGUGAAUUUAGCAAUGUGAUGAUCUGCGAGACUAAAGUGAAACGUGUUCCUGGAGCUUCUGAAUAUCCUGUCAAAGACUUGAGUACCCCUCCAAAUUCUUCGGGAAGUGGAGGAAAUGUGGGGCCUGCAACCAGCCCUGCCAGAAGCAGUGACAUGUUAUAUCUGAUCGUUGGCUGUGUGCUGGGCAUCAUGGUCCUCAUUCUGAUGGUUUUCAUUGCAAUGUGCCUGUGGAAGAAUCGCCAGCAGAAUACCAUACAAAAAUACGACCCACCAGGGUAUCUCUACCAAGGAUCAGAUAUGAAUGGGCAGAUGGUGGAAUACACCAGUCUCUCGGGAGCAAGUCAGAUAAAUGGAAACGUUCACGGAGGCUUCCUAACCAAUGGCGGUCUCAGCAGUGGCUAUUCCCACCUUCACCAUAAGGUCCCCAACGGAGUCAAUGGAAUUGUGAAUGGGAGCCUAAAUGGAGGGCUUUACUCUGGGCACACCAACUCUCUAACCAGGACACAUGUGGAUUUCGAACAUCCUCAUCAUCUAGUGAAUGGUGGUGGAAUGUACACGGCCGUGCCUCAGAUUGACCCUCUGGAGUGUGUUAACUGCCGAAAUUGUCGAAACAACAACAGGUGUUUCACCAAAACCAGCAGCACUUUCAGCAGCAGCCCUCUCCCUGUGGUCCCUGUAGUAGCACCUUAUCCUCAGGAUGGUUUGGAAAUGAAGCCCCUCAGUCACAUGAAGGUGCCUGUAUGCCUGGCUUCCGCAGUCCCUGAUUGUGGCCAGUUGCCUGAGGAGAGCGUCAAGGACAAUGUGGAACCAGUCCCUACUCAGCGUACCUGCUGCCAGGACAUUGUAAAUGACAUCAGCUCUGACCACGCAGAAGAUCCAGCAGAGUUCAGCAGAGGAGACAGCUGUGCCCAUUCAGAAACAGAGAACGACCUUGUAAGUUGGAAUGCUCUUAUUUUGCCACCUGUCCCAGAGGGCUGUGCUGAAAAGACAGUGUGGUCUCCGCCUGGCAUUCCUUUAGACAGCCCGACAGAGGUCCUUCAGCAGCCCCAGGAAACCUGAGCAUGUGCAAACAACCGGUCAUUUUCCAACUUCAAGCCAGUAACUGCACAAAACGGGCCUGGGAGUGAACUGUGUGAAGGACCUUAAUUCAAAUCAGAGAAAAUCAUUAUUUAUUUUUCUGUAGUAGUAAUGUCAUAUGAAUAUAUCUUAAAAUGUGUGCCCUUUUAUAUUAUUUAUGCCUUAAAUGUUUUCUUCCCCAUUCCUUCCUCCCCCCAGUAGGAAACAACCUUGUUUUGCAUAGUAUUCAGUCACCUGGAGGGCCGAGGGGUCCUUCCAUGUUUCUAACAGCUACAGUGACAGCAAGAGCUCCUCAUGCAAAGGAUCCCAUCUCUUGGCUGUUUUGGCUGGGAGGGAAUGCAGGGGCCACUUAAAGGUUGCCACCCGCUGGGUUUUCAGGUAGAAUAUUC